AUGUUUCUUACAACAAACAAAAAUGUUCGCUUACAAUCGGAACAAAAUCUUUUAGAAUCUGAUUCAACAAAUUUCCAUAUGUCCAAUCAACAUCAUCCAUGUCAACAUUGUCAUGAACAUCAUCAUCAGGAACAGCUUGAAUAUCCUCCUCAUCAUCAUCAUUCUAACUUGCAGAUAACCUGUAAUUAUUGUCCUUUAAAUCAAUUAACCCAUGUCAUGUCCAAUCGAACUAUCAACCAUUCAUCAUCUUCAUCAUUAUCAGAAGUAGCUGUAACAUCCACAAUUGAAAAAUUAUCCACAAUCACUAAUCAGUUGCCAUUGUAUCAUUUAAGUGAUACUUAUUUACCGGUAGAAAAAUUUAACAAUACAUUUCAGCAUGAUGACAAUAAUUUAACAUUGUACAAUAAUAAUAAUAAUAAUACCAUGACAAAUGUUUGUGUGAAUCAAAACUUGCCAAUAACUACUACAACUACUACUACGACGACGACAGCGACUACUCAAUCAUUGAUCACUUCGUCACCAUCAUCAUCAUCGCCUUCAUCAUCAACAACCAUUACUUCAUCAUUGAUAUUUCCUCCUCCAAUGAUUACACAAUCACAUAAUAUGAAAAAUAAAUAUAUGUUAAAGAAUUUUAAUCAUCGUAACGUACAAAAAUCAAUGAAUAAUUUAAAAUUAUUCCAUAUGAAUGAUCAAUCGAAUCGAACAAUGACAUUCAGCCAUAAUCAUCAUGGUGUUAAUGAUGACAGUUUAACCAAUUUAUCAAUGAUGAAUACAACUAAAUCAUCAAGUGUCAUGGAUAUGAUGACAUCGUUGUCGAAUAGUAGAGGCAUAUUAGGUGGAUUAAAUAUGAAAGAUAGAAAACCAUGUGAUAUAUGUGGUGAUAUAGCUGCCGGUUUUCAUUGUAAUGCUUAUGUUUGUGAAGCAUGCAAGAAAUUUUUUAUUCGUAGUUCAAAAGGAGAGAAUUUUAGUAAAUAUACAUGUACCAAGUCGAAUACAUGUGAAAUUAACAAAGAUACACGUACACAUUGUCAACGAUGUCGUUAUCAAAAGUGUUUACGAUUAGGCAUGGUAUUACCGGGAGCUGCAGUGUUUCCAGUCACUGAUAUAUCAGAGAUCCCAUGUCGUGUUUGUGGCGCCAAAUCAUCUGGAUUUCAUUUUGGUGCAAUAACAUGCGAGGGUUGUAAGGGUUUUUUUCGACGAACAAUUAAUGAACGAGAAAGUCAACGUUACACUUGCAGAAAUGGAGGCAAUUGUACUGUUACCGGUGCUACAAGAAAUAAUUGUAAAAGUUGUCGUUAUCGUAGAUGUUUAGCUGUCGGUAUGUCAAGACAUGGCAGUCGUAUUGGUCGUCAACCGAAUGCGAUUAAACAUCGUUGUGCAGUUGAAAUUGAACAAAUUCGUUUAGCAGUAUCUAAUUCAAAUGUACAUUAUAAACAAUAUUCAAAAUUCAAUUAUUCAUCGGUGGCAAAUUAUCAAUCAUCGUAUAAUUUAUUAUCACCAAUAAAUCAUUCACCAUCACAUCAAUUAAGUGAUUCAUUGAAUCACGAUCAUUAUGAAUAUAAAAUUAAUGAUAGUAAUAAUGAUAAUACUAAUAAUAAUAUUAAUAAAGAGAGAAUCAUUUCAAAUCAGAAGAAUUGUUUAAAUCAAUCCACUGUUAAAACAUCAAAUUUGACACAUUUAAACAAUGCACCUUAUCAGCAAUUGUCAAAUAUCAAUUUAAAACUUACAAAACAAGAUAGUGAAUUGCUUGAAGUAAAUAAUCAUGAUUAUAAUAUUAAUAAUAAUCUACGAAUAAUGUCAAAAGUAGACUUUCCGCUGUCAUUUCCACAGUGUACACCUUCAGUACAUAUUCGACGAACAGCAUGUCAUCAACAUUUGGAUGAAAUACCAUUAUCUGAAACUAAGUGUUUAACUAGUAAGAAUCAUGAAUACAUCAUGAAUUCCACAUCACAACCACCUUCACCUAUUCAUUUUGAAGCAAAAUUUAUCGAUGCAGCCAUUAUAGCUCGGUCACCAAUUCAAACGACAACUACCACUACGACAACACCGCCAAUAUCAGAAAGUGUAAAUUAUUUAAAUAAACAAAUGGAAUUCAAUGAAUUCAUAAAUUAUAAUUAUUCAUCAAUUGGUUUAAUAAAUUUAUCUAGAGCAGCACAAUUCUAUAGUCAACAUGAAAAAGAUUUACAAAUACAAUAUGAUGAUGAUGAUGUUGAUGAUGAUAGAAAUAAUACAAUUAAAACAAAAAGAUAUGAUCAAAUGUAUUUAAAUACUACUGUUAUUGAUUCCAUUGACAGUAGUAUUGAUGAUCACUAUAAAAAAUCACGAAAAGAAGACAAAAAUACAGAAUAUUUACAUAAUGCAAAUUUGCAAUUGAAAAAAGAAUCUAACCAAUCGAAUGAUGAUGAUGAUGUUGUAUUAAGAACCAGUGAUUACGAGUCACCGACGUCUGUACCAAAUUGGAACAUUGAACACACAGAAGAAGACAUACAUAGGAAUGAUUUACAACAAUUCAAUUCAAUGGUUAGAAGGAUAGAUUCAAAAGAAAUUUUAUCGAAUUUAGAAGCAAAUGUUCAAAUAAUGAAUGAGAACUACAGUAUCCUUGAUAUUAAUAAAUCUAAUGAAAUCCAUACUUCAAAACAGAUGAAGAUCGAUGGAAUCAUGAAAACAUCAUCAACAUCAUCGCCACCAGGAACUCAUCAAACUCCCCAUUAUACUUCUGCUUCUUCAUCAUCAUUAGUAUCAUCGUGUAGUACAUUGACUAAUACAAUAUUAUCAUCAACAGCAAAUUGUUGUUUAAAUUCUACGCAAUUUUAUAAUUUAGAUUCAACAAUUACUCAAACAACUGAUUAUUCAACUAUGAUUGAUCAACAACAAUCUAGUAGUCCAUUUCAAUUGAUUGAACAAAACGAUAGUAAUAAUAGUAAUACCUCAUUAUUUCAUUCAAGCUGUCAUAAUAAUACUGAUGACUGUACAUUUUCGAAUACAACAUCUACAUGUGGAUAUGAUGGAGUACAAAAUGAAAAUUAUUUAACUAAUAUUUAUGAACAAUGUCGCGAAUUGUGUUCAUUACCUUCUUCUAUUGAACAAUUGAAUACUGGCGUCAUUGGUAGUAAUGAUACUGACAAUAAUAAUAGUUAUAGUAAUAAUAAUAAUAAUAAUAAUAAUACAGUUCAAAAUAAACGAUAUUCAUUUAAAAAUCUGCAAUCAUUCACUUCUUCAGGUAGUCAAUAUCAUUCGCCGUCAAAAUCUUUUUUCAAUCGACAUCAUACACGAGUUUUAGGCAAACCGAAAUUAUGCAAUAAAACAAAUCAACACGAAAACAAUUGUCAAACUUCAAACUUAUUAUUUCAAUUUAAUGUAGAUAAUGAUCAACAUAUAAAUAAUAGAGAUGAUUUUUUAGAAAAUCUAACAACAACUAGACUACAUAAGGUCAUGAAAAGUGAUUUACUAAACAAUUACUGUUCUAAUAACAGUAACAAUGAUAACGAUCCAAUUAAACAAGAGAAUAUUGCAAUGAAUCAAAACCAAGCUAUUACAACCAGUAUGUCAUCGGAAUGGGUAGAUAGUGCAAAUCUACGAAGGAAGCGAAUGCAUAUGCCCAGAACAUCAAAACUAUAUGCAGCUAAUAAUAAAUUAUUAUUCAACACUUCAACAGAAUCAUCUACGCAACAAUUGAUUGUAUCACAAAACAAAAUUGAUCUGUCAAUAAAUUCAGAAAAAAUUGCCGAUGAAUACACUUUUGAAUUAGGUGAUACUGAUGAAAGAAGUCGAAUUAAGCAUAGACAAACAAGCGGUAGUAGUAGUAGUUUAUUGGAAUCCCCAAUUAUAAUUAUUGAUAAUCAAUUGUCUGUUUAUGAAGAUGACCAAAUGAAUAAUAGAUCGAUCAGUCCCAAUAGCAAAUAUCAUCAUCAUCAACAACAACAUCAUCAACAACAACAACAACAGCAACCUCAAUUGAUAAAUUUAUUAGAGAAAAUUGAUUUAGAUACAGAACUAAUGGUUGAACAGUUGAAAUCAACUACUACUGUUACAACGCAUUCAAGUCUACAGAAAUGUAUAGAAGAAAUUUCAUGCAUUGACUCGAUUAAAACUCAUUAUUCUUAUGAUACUUCCAAUACUGUGUUGGGAAUGAUUUAUCAUAAUGAAUAUGAACCAGUUUAUAGUGAUCAUAAUACAAUAUCAUAUGAUAUUGUAACCAAUACAACUGUAAAUAAUAGUUUGACUUAUCCAGGAAUGUCAUCAUCACAGUUUAUUCCUAUAACAAAUGAUGAUAUAGUGAAUACAUCCAACUGCCUCGAUUUUUAUAUGACUAGUAAAUAUACUGAUGAUAAUUCUGAUGAAUUCAAUAAGUCAAAUUUACGCUUAGAACGCAAUAUAACUGAUUUUAACGAUUCACCAAUUCAUUUGUUACCUUCUAACGUUACAAAUGAAUGCAGUGAAUCGGUACAUCACCUGUUACGGCUAAACAAUCGGUCUAUUCAAAACAAUGAGCUUCUUCAAAAUAUUAAAAGUGCUACUACUCAGUUACUGCAUUGUCAAUGUAAAUUACCUGAAAAUCUACACACUGUAGAUGAAAAUCCCGAAAUUCUAUGGUACAAUCUAAUGAAAUAUUUUGAAAUACAUAUUUAUGAAAUCAUUCAAUUUGCUCAAUCUAUUCCUAGUUUUCAAGAACUUACUGAGCUCGAUAUGAAAAUUCUGAUUCAACAAAGUAUCUAUCCAAUUAUUUUAAUUCAAUUAUCUCAAAAUUUCAGUAAUAAUAAUAAUAAUAAACAAACAAAAGAAUAUUAUUAUUUCAAUAUUCAAAAUCAAACAAAUUUAAUAAAUCAAUAUUCAGUGUGUAAAAUAUUAUUUGAACAAAUUAAUUUCACAGAAAAUUUAUUAAAAUCAUUAGAUUUAAAUGAGACAGAAAUUGGUUUAUUAUGCUGCAUUGAAUUAUUUCACGGAGAUGGAAAAUUUUUGAAUGAACCGCUAAAAAUAAACGAAACUUAUCAAACAAUGAUUCAAUUAUUAAAAGAGUAUGAAACAAAUCAAUUCAAUUCAGAUAAACGUUUCUAUAAAAUUAUGUCAAUUAAAAAUAAUUUAGAUAAAAUGAAUAUUGAACAUCAAGAAAUAUUGAAAAUACUUAAAUAUGAAAAUAAUUAUCAACCAUUUCUUGAUUUAUAUAUUCAAUUAUUUCAAUGGAAUAAAUUUGAAUUUGAAUCUCUGUGA